AUGACAUCCAACACAUCCUCUAGCUCAUCAACAUUAAGCUCCUCAUCCAAGUCAGAUCGCAAGUUCAGGUUCCCUUUCACUCUGCCUGAAUUCGGAUAUCAUUUCAACACCCUGGGAGAGUUGCGAAAAAUCGACUCGGACGAGCGCUUUAAGUUCAAUGUUCAUCCAACAGAUAAAGACUACAACGAAGCCCACUAUGAAAGUUUGGGAGCGGUAAUCGAUAAGCACAUUGAAGACCGUUUAGAGAGAGACGUUGGACUUUUGCGGAUGCAAAUUCCUGUUGAUGAUCGUGAGAAUGAGGCGAAAAGUAAGAUUUUUAUGAGCAAAGAUGCAUUGACGAGCACGAAACCAUUGCUUGUUCUUGUUCCGGGGAGGCAUCGGCGUUUCGUGAGUUCCGUGCCAAAUCUAAGUUACUCGCCCCCAUCUAACUACGGCACAACUAGCAUUGGUCAAUGGGCCCGUCGCAUUAUUAUCAACGAUAACAUCAAUAUCGGGGCCAUGCUCGAGUACCUGAAGCAGGCAAAUGAGGAAGGAUACGACGUUCUUCUGACGAAUCCAAAUGAGAACACUGGAAGGCUGAGUGGGAUCCUGAAAUGGAUCCGAGGAAAUGAGACUCCUUCAAACCAUCUCCUCUACGUCUGGGACAGUAUCCUCAAAAAAGUCAACAAGCCGAUCGUCUUUGUAGCACACAGCGCCGGAGGGAUUGCGGUCUUCAAUCUAUUCAAAGAGCGGCCGGAUGAAACUAUGGCAAGAGUCAAAGGCAUCGCAUUAACAGAUUCUCUGCACGAUGCAACAGUAAUUACUUGGCAAAGAGUGCGGAGGUGGUUCGCAAAGAAAGCCACAAACUGGGUUCCCUCACCGCUCCCAGUAAACACAUUAAUCACUCGCGGGAUAACGAGCAAGUGUGGAUGCCCGUGUCGCGCUGCAGGACAUACUGAGCACGCCUACACAACUGUCACCGCAAAAGAAGCCGUGUUUGCAUUUUUAGAAGAUAUGAUCAAGAGCAAGGAGGAGGCUGGUGAGGAGAUUGAAAUUCACGGUCGCGAAGAAUAGG